CGCCAUCCCUCAUCCCCCAGUGUUCUCGAGGAACGCCCACCUCAUCGCCCGUCGCCGCAGGUGUGUCGUGAGGGCUUCCGACGCCUCACACACACACACACGGGAUACUCAACUCGACCCCGACCAUCAGCUCGGGAUAGCAUAUACAUAGAACAUAGUUAGACGAACCAUGUCGGGUACGAGACCGCCAUUACUGGCAGUAGCUGUCGCUGCAGCUGCUGCGACGGUUAUUACGGCUGUGUGUGCUGCGCCGGUGGGGGUGAGACGGCCGAGGGAUGGUGAUGUGGGAGGGGUGGCUGUGGAUGGGGGGCAACCUGUACUGGGGAAUGUCGAUGCCGCCAUAUUCGCAUUAGACCGGGAAACCCAAGAUGACCCUGGCGACCACCGCGCCUCAACCGGAAGCGAUUCCGCCGUCUCAGGCGUCCACCUCGCCCCCUGGAUCAUCCCGGUAAUAGUCGGCUCGAUCCUCCUCGUCGGCGGCGUGAUCGGCUACUUCCUGUGGCGCCGGCACAAACGGCGGAUGCGCACAAAACGCAAAGGCAAAGGGCUCGACCCAGCCUUCGCGCCCCCGGAAUCCCUCGAGAUGAUGGAACGACGCCGGUCCUCGCUCCGUGUCCCCGGGUGGAUCCGCAAAGAAAAAGACCGUAGAAGCGACACAUCCUCUGUGGAAACAAUCACCCAAUUUGGGAACGACAGCUCUAAAAGCGUCAACUCCGACCAACCUUUACUCCCCGGUGGAGAAACAGACCUCUACGCACUUGCCAAUGGCGGAAACCCAUCACAGAAAUCCCUCGCCAUCACCAACGGGGUUACAACAACGACCACCCCGGCCCCACCCGUCCCCGCCCUCCCCACCCGCACCGCCACCGAAGCCCACCUCGCCGCCAUGCUCAGCUACCGCGGCCCACCCCCUCGCUUCACCGGCGGCUCAUCCAACUGGUCUGCCCCAACCGACGAAGGCGUCCUCUGCCGCGCCGUCUUCGCCCACAAACCCGACGAAGACGAUGAGAUGAUCCUCCGCCGUAACGACUAUGUCGUCGUCGACGCCUUCUAUGAGGAUGGCUGGGUGCUCGUGCAUCAACAGGAUCCGGUCACCUACCGGCCCAAACUCAAAAACAUCACCACCACCUCCAACGGAAAAGGCAAAGAUUCAGCCGUAUCGGUCUCCUUCCUCGCAGGAAUCACCCACAGCAGCAAAGACAAAGACAAAUCCCCCCACUCCCCACACACAACACACCCGCCCACCACCACCGCCGACCAACCCAACGGCGGCUGGCGCUCCCGUCUCAGUCUCGGCGGCGGCGAACCCAAAUCCUCAUCAUCUCCCACCACCUCCCCACCCGUGCCCUCCAACACAGCCGUCAAACACCUCACCGCCUCCCCACCCUACCCCUCCAUCGCCGCCGCCGCCGACUACACCACCACCACCACCAACAACAACGGUAACGCCCCCACCACCAACGGCACCACACACACCACCAAACGCGACCAGUCCCAAUCCGGCGUCGUCCCCUGGCGCUGCCUGUACCUCCUCACCGACGACGAGAUCAGGACCGUGCAGUACAACGCCGCGAUCGAUCCCAAUGUCGGCCGCGCGGUGUAUAGUCAGCAGAUGUUGUUUAGUUUUAGGUGAUUGUGGGGGCGGGGGGAG